AUGAGCGCAAACUCCGGUGUUGUUCCCGAUGCCUGGGAGGAUUCAUGGGAAAACCAAGCAGAUAAACUGGACUCCAAGUCUACCCCGCCGUCCGAGAAGAAAGUCUCAUCCAAAGUGACCAAGGCGCAACGCAGGGCGGAACAGGCAGAGUUCAAUCGUCAGCUAUGGGCUGAAGCUGAAUCCACAGAAACAUUCCACUUCGUUGAAGCGCGCGCCGAUGUUCCCCUUAAGCAUGACUUCAAGCCCGCAGUUACAUUGCUGAGUCGGAAACCCCAGCUUGUGACAAGACAGUCAUCAUCAUCAUCAUCAUCAUCCUCGAGGGCUAUUAAUGCCGCAGCGGCUGGACUUGGCCGACUCGGACUAGACGAUGACGACGACUCGGACGAUGACGCCAAGCCGCCCCAGCCAACACCCGAGGAGCGCCAUGCUAUUGCGCUGAAAAAUCGGGAGGAGAAACAGCGGAAGUACGAAGAAGUGCGUGAACGUCUAUUUGGAAGCCCCUCUGCUACAGCUUCGGGUACCUCGUCGCCUGGCAAUACAACCCCGCCUCGUCAAAUUUCUACAGGCGAGGGCCGAGGAAGAGGCAAAGGUCGUGGAGGCGGAAGAGAUCAUCCAAAGAGAGAUUCUUCGUCGACCUCGAGCAAGUCCUCUAGACAUCUCUACGAUCCCUCCACUUCGGCCAAGUCAAACGCACCCUUCUUACAGAGAGGAGGCCGUCCGCAAGUUGAGCGAAGUGGCUCCGACACUCAGGCUCCACAGCAGCCGGUGCGCAGUCCUCGGGGCCCUGAUGCAAGUGGGAGGGGUGGCUUCAAUUUCAAUCGAGGUGCUCGAACUGGCUAA